AUGUUGGACCAUGGCAGCCUCGUAAUUUAUGGCAAAACCUAGUGUCAUUUACUUUGUCACGGCACAACCUCGGUCCCAUCGACAAAAUCAAACAUACACUUUAAAUACUAAGGCAGUCGCACGGCUCCUCGUCUCUGUAUCUCUCUCUCACGAUUCUACAGAGAUAACUAUAUUGCUCCGGCGAGCCUUUGUUUUUGUUUCAGCUUUACAUAGAACAACAGAACAUGUCGCAGUUUACAUGCAAUGUCACGGACCAAAUUCACAUUCGAAACCAGCCCCAAUGCAGAUUCAUGGGCCUUCCGAAGCCUGUAUCCUCUUUUCGCCGACGAAACGAUGUCGUUUCUUCUUCCCUUCCGAUUCCUAAACCUCGAAAUCCGGUCAAAAUUCAGGCUGUAGUAUCGGAACACGGAGGUCCAGCUGUCACCGACACUGGGUCUGGUACGUUGGCGGACAGACUCCGUUUAGGGAGCUUAACGGAAGAUGGAUUGUCCUAUAAGGAGAAGUUUAUAGUGAGAUGUUAUGAGGUUGGGAUUAACAAAACUGCCACGGUUGAAACCAUUGCUAAUCUCCUGCAGGAGGUUGGAUGUAACCAUGCUCAAAGUGUUGGAUUUUCAACGGAUGGAUUUGCAACAACCCCCACCAUGAGAAAAUUCAAUCUUAUAUGGGUGACGGCUCGGAUGCAUAUUGAAAUCUUAAAAUAUCCAGCUUGGAGUGAUGUGGUUGAAAUCGAAACAUGGUGUCAUAGUGAAGGCAGAAUUGGAACUAGACGUGAUUGGAUUAUAAAAGACUAUGCCACUGGUCAAGUUAUUGGAAGAGCAACAAGCAAGUGGGUGAUGAUGAACACGGUCACUAGGCGGCUACAGAAAGCCAGUGAUGAAGUUCGAGAAGAAUAUUUAGUUUUCUGUCCACGAGAACCCAGAUACUCUUUUCCAGAGAAGGACAAUGCCAGCCUGAGGAAAAUUUCUAAACUCGAAGAUCCUGCUGAGUAUUCCAGGACAGGGCUUAUGCCUAGGAGAGCUGAUCUUGACAUGAACCAGCACGUUAACAAUGUUACCUACAUUGGAUGGGUUCUAGAGAGCAUGCCUCAAGAUAUCAUUGACACUCACGAACUGCAAACGAUCACCUUAGAUUACAGACGAGAAUGCCAACGAGACGAUAUAGUCGAUUCCCUCACAAGUCCUGAACUGAUCGAGGAUUCUGAUGCAAUUUCAAAUCUUAAAGGAGCAAAUGGGUCUCCUGCAACAGGAGACAAAGAAGACUACCGUCAAUUUUUGCACUUGCUGAGAUUGUCAAGCGAUGGCUCUGAAAUAAACCGAGGUCGCACUGAGUGGAGAAGGAAACCUGGUAGAUAAGGAAAUAGUGUAGUUUACCCCAGUCUCCUCUCUUCAAUGUGUUCGGAAAAGUUGUUUGUUUCUGUUUCUUUUGCCUUUCAUAAGGGGGUUUGGCUCCAAAUCUGUGUGUUGUUGGGAACUUUAGAAUCAUCAGUAGAUUACGAGGCAAAUGUGUAGUUUUUUUUCCGGUCGGUCAUCCAUCAAUUGUUGUAUCUUUACUGUUUGUAAUUUUGUCAGAAGCUUUCGUGUUUAUAUGUAAUGUUUCUUGUUUGAAAAGUCCAUAUGGAAUUAGAUUCCUAGUUUUCAGGCUCUGCAUUUGGUGUAAGGUUUGGGACUCUGUUUCGCCAACAUGAAAUUUAACAUUUUGAAAAUUUAAGAAGGUAUUUUUUUUAA